AUGGCCGAUUUGACCCCCACCCUGCGCAACCUUCUGCAGAGCAAGCCAAACGCCCCGCGCCUGUCAAAAGGGUACUUUUCUACUGAAACGGCAGAUGAAUUCCUCAAAGAAGCCUACCGGAUUAACACUCACAUAACAACCCUCCUCGCCUACCUCCACCGCAUCCGCCCCGCCUACCUCUCCAUCAACAACCAUCACCAAACCCAUAACAAACCCCCCUCCCCCUCCCCACUCCCACACCCCCAGCCGCCCAACAUCUCCUCCCCCUCCAUCCCCUCUCCGAAAGAAUUAAAAGAAACCGACCAAACAGCAAUCGACACCUCCACCUCCGCCCUCCUCCACCAGCUCAGCACCGCCAUCUCCACGCUCUCUUCCGCGGAAACCCUCCGCCAAGACACGCAAGCCCAGCUGCUGCACAAGAAGUAUCACCGCGGGGGGUAUUGGACUCGGUGGGCGGCCGGCGACGAUCCCACCGAAAACAAUGCCGGGAAGAGUGAUGAGCAGCGCGCGCAGGAAGCCGCGGAGGAGAACACGAAGCAGGUGCGCGGCGCGGUGAUUUGGUUUCUACGGGAGCAUCUGCAGACCGCGGUGGCGGUACAGAGGGGGAUGGUGGAGAAGAGGGUGGAGCGGGUGAGGGAGAGGGAGAGGAGUGUUCUGUAUCUCUCUCAACAAGCUGGAGCAAGAGCGGAAGGGAAGAGAUCCUGGGAUAGCACGGGAACCGGGAUGAUGCUGGCCCCCAGGGAAACGCAGGGCCAGAAACUCCAACAGACGGAACUCGAUGCCAUCGAGGCGGAGCUGACGCCGGAGCAGCUCCAGUUGUUUGCCGAGGAGAAUGACCACAUGGUGAAAUACUACGAGGAUACAUUGAGCAAAGUCCGAAAUGCGGAAAAAUCAUUGCUGGAAAUCUCCUCCCUCCAACAAACCCUGGUCGCCCACCUGUCGACCCAGGAGGAAUACAUCAACCAACUCGUCACGGAUGCGUCCAAUACGCAGACCAACAUUGGGCAGGGAAACAAGGAGCUCAAGCGCGCCAGCGAGCGGCGGAGUACUGCCCAGGCUGUCUUUUGGGGGACUGUUGGGCUGUGUACCUGGUUGGUGGUAUGGGAUUUGGUCUUCUAG